AUGAACAGUAACCGAGUGUCUCAACCUCUGCUGACUCUAGCAAACCUGAAAGCUGAUGAUCUCCGGUGUCGCCGGGUUAACAUGAACAUCCUGAUAUUAAUAUUGAUGCAGAUGUCUAUUUUCUGCCCUGACUGGACACUGAGUGCUGCCGAAGGGAUUCGGGUAUACCAGACUCCAGAUUCUCUGCUUGUGACUGAAGGAGGGACAGCGAACCUGACCUGUGUCUAUUCUGCUGAUGAAAUUCAGGACUUUGUAAUCAACUGGCUUCACCAACCAAGAAACCAAAAUAAUCCGACCUAUAUUAUUUACAUGGACAGAUGCAAGAGUAAUCAGUCAAUCCGAGUGGUAAACAAAAAAGACCAAGAUCGAAAUGUAUCGCAGAUAUCAAUAAACCGCCUCCAGCCUGGGGACAGCGGCACAUAUUAUUGUGAAUUGAUGAGUCUGAAUCCACCGUCCACUGAAGGUAUGAGGGGCAAUGGAAGCACAUUGACAGUUACAGAAUCUUUCAAAGAUCCUAAUUCCAGGAAAAUCAAAGUCCAGUGGUCUUUCCUGCUGUGUCUGCUGGUGAUUUUAUGCGUUGUUUUACUUGUAGCUGCAAGCAACAGGAAAGCGAGACAGAAGCAAUUAGUUGAACACAGCGCUCUGUCUACGGGGACCGUCCCAGAGGACACUUCAAUAUUGGAUAAAACAAUAUAUGCGACCGUGUAUUGUGCCAGAAUGAAAGAAACUCCGCCGAAUUUAGCGAUUGUUUAUUCUAAUCCAUUGGUAGAAAAGACGGCGCCUAAUACGUCAACAGCUGAGGCGGACUAUUCAACUGUGAACAUCUGCAAAGCGGAUCCCAAUUCAGAAGGUGGAAAUGAAGAGCAAAUGAUUUACUCCCAACUGCAGUUUAAAGAGAAGGAAGUUCAGUUUCUGACACCCUGCUUGCAUUAACUGCAACUUGCAGUCCUUUACUGUUUCUGACGAAACGAAAUACUGCAGAUGUGUUCAGUUGAUCAAUCAAUUGGAAAACGUGGGAGGCUGAGUCGAAAGUUGAGUGAGGAGUAAGAUUAUGGCUUGCUGCAGAUUGGAGACAUUUCGUCAUCUGACAUACUUGUGUACAGAAGACAAACGGCCUGGAUUUUUGCAUAGUAAUGAUGGUAAACUUGGCAGCGUUUAUCAUUACCGCUAUUCUGAAAAUAACAGAAACUUUUAGAAUCCACACAUGCGCAGUUAUACCGGAGGUUGCUAUCAGUGACUCUCUGCUUCUCCAGGCGAUAAACUGUUGAGUUUCCCCGAAUUCAAUCAAUUCCAAUAUAUUGAACCAAUGGGAGCAUGCAUUGUAAUGCUCUCAGUCUCGCUGUAGAAUCCUUGAAACCCUUGUUGAAUGAGGUAUAACUAGGUUUUUAACAGCACUUUUUUAAUUCAUUCAUGGGAUGUGGGCAUCUCUGGCUGGGCCAGCAUUUAUUGCCCGUCCCUAAUUGCCCUUGAGAAUGUGGUGGUGAGCUGCCUUCUUGAACCGGUGCAGUCCAUGUGGUGUAGGUACACACAAUUCUGUUAAUAAUAACUGCUAAAAAGCCUCACUGAGCACAAAAGAGUAAUUUUAUACAUGUUAAAUGUCAAACUUCUCCAUUGUGACAUGAAAUUUCACAUACUUUAAAAAUUAUAGCCCAGAACUUCUGAUCUCUGGAUGGUCGUACCCUGCAGGUAGCCCACAAGAUGUGCUGGGGAACCGCUCAGGAGUCCCCAUAUGCUGACAAUAUGGGAAUUACCUGGGAAGUCUGGACUUGCAAUGGACAAUUCCCCUGUGUUUGGAACCCUCCAAAACUCAAGUUAAAGUCAGAGACUUUGGAUUGUUCCGGCUCACUCACCAGAAUAGUUACCCAGGAAAGAUUAGAAAGGUUAAACCUAGUUCUAACUCUUUGGUAGCUCCAUUACUGACUCCCACUGGAACCCCCAACUAUCCCCCUAACCCCCAUGACUAGCCCCCAACCCGACUACCCCCUGACCCAACUACCCCACCCGACCCUGCAACUACCUCCUGGCUACCC